GCGCCGGGCUCCACGGCCGCCGGCGGGGCCGAGCUGCGCGUGGGCGAGCUGUGCCUCGUGGAGCUGGGCGGCCGCUGGCACCGCUGCCGCGUGCUGAGCCGCCGGGAGCGCGAUUACCGCGUCUUCCUGCUCGAUGAGGGCCGCGCCACCCCCGCUGCCGCCUACUACCUGGCGCGGGGCCCCGAGGAGCUCUUCUGUCUGCCGCCCGAGGCGCUGGGCUGCAUCGUGGCCGACGUGGUGCUCGUCGGAGGUGGGGAGCUGCAAGGUGCCACGUGUGCCGUGAGGGCUGCGGAGUUCCUCACUUGCCUGCAUGGCAGGGAGGUGUCGGGCCUGGUGCGGGAGGUGAUGGUGCCGCAGCACCUCGUGGUGCUCGAGCUGCCCCAGCUCGCAGCCCAGAUGCACCACCUGGGCCUGGCCAAACUGGUCACCUCCAGCUGGUUCUGCCUGCUGCUCAAGCGCUGUCUGGCCCACAUCUGCUUUCAUGGCCAGCUCAAACCACAGCCUGUGGUGCCCCAGCUCCCCCACGUCUUCCCUUCGGGUCAGCCUSUGUCGCCGGUCAUGGAUUACUUCUACCCACAGCUUCAGCUGGGAGUGACUGAGCCAGUKCUAGUGACCCAGGUCUCCAACCCACACCACAUGUAUUGCCAGUUGCGGAGCCUGUCGCAGGAGAUCCAUCGCAUUUCUGAUACCAUGCACCAGGUGUUUGACGGAGCUGCUUGUGAGCAGGGAAUACCUCCCAAACUGGGCUCGCCCUGUGCCGCCCGUGGCAUCAGUGGCCACUGGUACCGAGCCCUCCUGUUGGAGGUUGUCGUGAGGGAGAGGGACCAGCAAGUGGCCCAGGUGAUCUUUGUGGACUACGGCAGGAAGGAGUUUGUGACGGCCGCUAACCUGCGUCAUUUACCUGCUGAGUGUUUUCGCAUGCCUGUUGUGACUUACCCGUGUGCCCUUCGGGGUAUCUCACAUGGAGGUCAUGGCUGGUCCCCGUCUCAGAUCAGCGAACUGAAGGCCUUGUUGUUAGGCAAGCGGGUGAAUGCUCACAUCGAAACAUUUAACUCCUUCGAGCACCUCUAUUAUGUGAGUCUGUAUGGUGACGAUGGCAUGAACUUGAACAGUCUCUUCGGGGUGCAGGCUCGUUGUCUGGCGAGCAGCCUAAGGCAAAUCAGGCAAACUGAGACUCGUGAGCAGGUGGGAGUAGAGGAUGAUAUGGGCUCACCACCAGGAGCACCUUGUGCUGCUUUAAUGCACAGACAUUUGGYAUCUGUUCCUAUAGUUGGUGUGCGUUUGAAGUCAGGUAUGUUCUAUGACGCUCAGAUAUCCCAUCUCCUAGAUCCAUCUGAGUUCUGGUUGCAGCUCCAGGAGCAUCAGCAGCUCUUGAGCCAGCUUACACAGAAUAUGUGGAAUUUUUACUCCCAAGCCACAAACUGGGAUAACGUUAUGCAGGACUUGCAGCCUGGAUCCCUUUGUACUACCAGGAAAAAUGGUGCCUUUCAUCGAGCUGUGAUCACCAGGAUGCUGGGCAAUGUUGCAGAAAUACAUCUGGUAGACAGAGGCAACAUGGAAACYGUGGACUAUGGUGAGGUAAAGCAGCUGCUCCCCAAGUUCAGGGAACUACCUGCGUUAGCUCUGAAGUGCUGUUUGGCAGGCGCCUCCCCUCUGAGGGGCAGCUGGAGUGAAGAAUCUGUGUCUGCCUUCAGAAAGAUUGUGCUGAACAAAGUGUUAAAGAUCUGUGUUUUAGGCACACAGGGUGAUAAAUAUGUGGUUGAAAUUCAUGAUCAGUCCCAAUUAGGAGAAAAAAGUGUAAGUAAAAUCAUGACCCACGGAGGAUAUGCAAAAUGCCAGAGGUCUGAGAUACCUGAGAUGCCCCAAAAAUCAUCAGAUCAGGUUGCAAGGCAAGAUUCAUCUUCAGGAUGUGAUGGGGUGGAAAAGCAAAUAAGUAUGGCAGAAAGGCUCAGAGGAGAAUCUGAUCUAAAGAGAAAUGGUAGAGCAUUAAAUCCAUAUAUGACUGUGGYCCGAGGUGGUUCUGUUGCCCUUCACAGUUCAAAAACUAGUGACUGUGUUCCUGCUGAGGAAAAAUGUGAGGGCCCACAAAGCCCACCUGCCUGUCUUGCACAGAAUUACCUGGAGCUGAAGCCAGGUUCUUAUGGAGGGCAAUUGGAAGUUGGAAGUACAGUUAAUGUAGUUGUAUCCUACGUUGAAAGUCCUGGUUAUUUUUGGUGUCAGUUAAGUAGAAAUUGUCAAGACCUUAAGACGCUAAUGACUGAAAUUCAGGAGUAUUGUAAGAAUUCAUCUCAGCCACACAUCUGGCCAAAUCCUGUGUGUUUAGCCCAGUAUUCAGAGGAUGAAAAAUGGUACAGAGCUCUAAUUGUUAGUGAAUUUACUUCUGCAAAACAAGUAGAAGUAAUAUAUGUUGACUAUGGCAACAGAGAGUUAGUCUCUAGAGCAAAUCUCCGCUCAAUAAAUGAAAAGUUUCUUAACCUAAAGGCUCAGGCUUUCAGGUGCAGCCUUUACAACUUAAUCCAACCGAAUGGUCUGGAUCCAUUUGUUUGGGAUGAAAAAGCAAUUCUGGCAUUUCAGGAGUUUAUCGAUGCCUCAUCAUGUCAGUUGGAGCUGAAGUGUACAAUAUUUGCCUUGGCUUCGAUAAACAAUAAAGAACUGUUUAAUAUUGUGGACUUAAUGACACCUUUUCAGAGUGCUUGCCACUUUUUGAUGGGAAAAGGUUUGGCUAGACCUUUAUCACCUCAGAAACCUCUGGCAUCCUCUGUUCAGCUUCAUUCUUACUAUUAUUCUAUGCAUGAUAUCAAAAUUGGGAGUGAGGAAGACAUCUAUAUUACGCAUGUGGAUGAUCCAUGGAAAUUUUACUGCCAGCUUGCAAGGUGUACGGAUGUCUUGGCAAAGCUUGCAGAAAACAUUGGUCAUCUGAGUAAAAUAGUGACUGCCUCAAAAACCUUGCAGAACCCUGGAAACUUGUGUCUUGCAAGGUAUAGUGACAAUCUCUGGUAUAGGGGAGUAGUUAACAAAACAAAACCCAACAGAGAGGUCUUCUUUGUGGAUUUUGGGAACACAGAGCUGGUAAAGAAAGAAGAUUUGCUUCCUAUACCCAGUGGUGCUUAUGAUGUCUUGCUUUUGCCAAUGCAGGCCAUCAAGUGUUCUUUAUCUGAUAUAUCUACUGUUCCAGAAGAAGCUACGCUGUGGUUUAAACAAGCUGUCCUAGAAAGGCGAUUGAAGGCAGUAGUGGUAGCAAAGGAGUCUGAUGGCAAACUGCUGAUUGAGCUGUUUGAUGGUAAUACUCAAAUCAAUGCAAAAUUGAAGGAGGGGGUAAGAUUGGCGAACAAUGCAGAACUGAGUAGGCAUGUGGAAAGUGAAGCGUUGGGUUCUAGAAAGAGAGAUGGGAAAGAGAGGAAUGGAAUGGCAGAGUUGUCAUCUUCGUGUUCUGGAAGGCUUCCUGAAAGAAAAAAAGGGAGCCCUGAAGCCCAAGGAGGAGAGGGGAGUAGAAAAACGCACUUCAAAGAAAAAGAUAAAAUGCUCUUCCAGAGUGUUAAAAAGAGGGAACAAGCACCUGAAUUAGUGAACCCUGAAAAGCAGAGCAGUAAUAAAGAUGCUCUGUUACUAAGUACAGUGGAGAAAAGAAACGGCUCUUCUCCUGUCAGAAAAGAUAAAUCAUCAUAUGUUAAAUCUCAUACUGAAAGCCAAUGUAUAACAUUCAGAAACAUAUCUGAUCUACCUCAGAAGAAUAUAACGCCAGCUCUUAAAGUGCUCGUAUAUGUUUCUCAUGUGAAUGAUCCUUCAGAUUUUUAUGUUCAGUUGGCAAGUGAUGAGUCUCAACUUAAUGGUAUUUCAGAAAGCUUAAACAGUAAGAYAAGGGUGGAGAACCCUUGUGGGCAGCUCUUGAGAGCAGGAGACUUAAUCAGUGCUGUUUAUUCAGAAGACAGCUUAUGGUAUAGAGCUGUAAUAAAAGAUAAGUCUUCUGAUAAUUUGAUAAGUGUACAAUAUAUUGAUUAUGGUAAUACCUCAGUAAUUAAUGUUGGUCAAGUAUGUAGACUCCCUAAAGACGCAUCAUCUAUUCCAGCAAUGGGUAUUCACUGCUUCCUAGGUGGACUUAAAGAGGAAAAACCUGCAAAUUGGUCAGAGAAAGGAAAGUUUGACUUCUCCCAGAGAACGAGUGAAGUUCAGAUAACAUGUGAAUUUGUACAGAAAGUUGAGGAUAAAUGGGAAGUUAUCCUCAGUGACAAUGAAGGUAUAAUAACGGUGGAGUUAGUUAAUGAAAAUCUUCCAAGYGGGGAAAAAUCUCUUUCUACAGAAGUACUUGACAAAAGAGAAAAUGGUGUUGAAAUGGUGAAUGUGUAUGAGCCUUUGCCUCCUAAUGAGCAAAAUGAAAUUUCCAGUGUAAAUGGUUCUGAAUCAUUUAUCUGGAGGAUACCAGAGGCAGGUCAAACUGUAGAAAUUUAUGUCACAGUAGUAAAGGGUCCUGAGUAUUUCUGGAGUCAGUAUGCUGAUGCAGAAAACCUAAAAUACAUAGAGGAAAAAAUAAAGGAAGCUGAAAAUCUUGGACUAAAUUCCAUGGAUGGUUUCAGAUCUUGUGUUAAAGUGGGUGAUGUUUGUAUAGCAAAGUGCAGGGAAGAUGGGAAGCUCUACAGAGCGAAAGUCAGCGAUAUAAAAGGUGAUAAUUUAGUUGUUAGAUAUGUGGAUUAUGGAACUGAGGAAACAGUUAACAUGGAGAUGGUCAUACAGAUGCCAAGUGAAUUGCUCAAAAUACCUAAUCAAGCAUUUUUGUGCUGUCUGUCUGGAUUUAAUUCGUCUGAGGGCUCCUGGCUUAGUGAAGCAGAAGUUAAGUUCUGUGAAAUGACUGUAGAACUGUUACUGGAAGCUAAAGUAAUAGAAACUCGGGAGGAUGGAGCUUCUGAAGUUCCUCUGUCUGUUGUUGAGCUGGAAACUUGUGGGAAGAGUAUUAAUGAAGACAUGAAAUGUUUUUGGAGGACCAGUACAGGAGGUGGUGACACAGCUUUCUUAAACCUUGAGAAAUCUUUAGAGGAGAACACAGGAUCAAAUAAUAAUAUGGAUCUUUGUUUUGAAAAAGAAACUGUUGCUGCUUGUGGAGCACUCCAGGAAGAAAGUCAAAGUGKAUAUGUCUUGGGUGCAGCUUCUGUGUGUUCAGAUGAUGUAGAGGCAAAUAUAAAAGUGGAAGUUGAAGAAUGCCUGUCUGUGAAAGCUGYUAGUGAAUGUAAAACAGCUGAGCAUCAAAACAGCUUUGAUAAAGAGACUUCUGGAUUUGAAAAAGAGAGUGAUGAAGAUAUGUCACUGGAACCAGCAGAAUGCUGCUCUUUGUGUGUUUUGGGAAGUGAUGUGAAGGCUGUAGAACAAGAGCUACCUGAGGUACCACUUGCAGAUGAUGCUGAACUGAAAGCAGGACUGACGGGCUCUGCUUCAGCAGUCAGUCCUUUGGAAAAUAAACAAGAAGAGCUGCUAGGAUGGCCCAUGCUCCAGAUGCAGCCUUCCAUGGGGGAUGAAACAGGGUCAUUACUGGAACUGGAGCAAUUACAAAUGGACUCCCCGUACGAUGAUCUAAAAGAGUUCAUGUUGGAGCUGGGGCCGUUUUCAGUGCUAUCCUCACCUAGGAACAAGAUAAAGGAGGCUCUGGAGAUGGACUCAGCUGCAACGUGGACACCUCCAGGCAGGGAAGCAAAAGAGGAGAUGCUGGAGCUGGAAUCAUUGGAAGUGCCACGCUCAAAUGAUGAGACAGGGGAAUUGGCAGCUGUGAAAACUUCAGAAAUAACACCACCACCAUCUUGUGAGAGAGAGAAGUUGGCGCCUCCCGUUAGCAAUGGAGAGAAAACCUUAGAACUAUUUCCAUCCGAUCCACAGCUUUCUUUGGGAGAUAAGACACAAGCACUGGAAUUGGAUUUGCCUGUGGUUCAUGAAGUGGAAGCUCUGCAAAAUGAUUGGAUGGAAGUAGAUCCUGCCCUGAUGUUGCCGUCUUUUGGUGGUGGAGCUGAGAAACAACUGGAACUAGAGACCCAUGACAUCCAGUCAGUGUUUGGUGUGGAAAUUAAACAGCUUCUCGAGUUGGUGCUGCCUGCUGUGCAGCCUCCUCAGGAGGAUGGAGAUGAGGACUUGCUAGGGCUGGAACACAGCAAGUUGCUGACUUGUGCAAAGAGCAGAAGUCAGUUUUCAUUCCUUAGAACAGACCCGAUGAAUCGGAGACCUGUUUGCACUGCAAAAUCAUGUGGCUGCAAAAUUGAGAAAUGCAACGAAUGGCAAAAAAAGGAAGAUGGCAGUUCAGUGGAGGACUGGAUGAAACGAGACUUGUCUACUGCUUUAAAAGAAUGUGAAAGUGAACUUCUAAAUGAACAGGCUUUUGAAUGUAAGCCUGUGGGUGAAGAAAUAAGAAAAAAGCAAAAGGAAAACUUGGCUGUCUGCCAUGCAGAAGACAGUGAAUACACUUGUAAUCUAAAGGGCUUUGCCAUUGGUUCCAAGUGCAUGGUGUGGACGGCUCUGAAGUGGUGUGAGGCUCGCAUUUUGGAGGUGUCUGAAAAAGGUACCAGGGUUUUGAAUCUUUCCAGUGGCAGCGAGGAGCUUGUGGAUCCUGAGAACGUGUGGAAUGGUAUUCCUGACUGGGCUUGCAGACCAUCUGAGGCAGUUGCCAAUGCAACAGGUAACUUGGAGUCCUUAGUAGAGGAGUCAAAACUACAAGAAAAGCAAACUGGCUGCAGUUCAGAUUUAGCUGAAGAUCCUCGUGUUCUUUAGCGGUCCUGAAACUGAGUGGCAUGUUCAGCACACUGGUGGACAAGUACCUCUCUACACAUKCAUUCCUACAGAAAUGCAUUUUCUCAGGAAAGCAAUAACGUUCUGAAUGUUCUUUGCAUAACUGAACAAAUGCCUGUCACUAGCAUACUUCUGUCAAAAAAAUAGUGCUUGUUGAUGGAUCACUGUUGUCAGGUCAGCAUCUUAACAAAGCUGGCCUGUCUUUACUCAAGUGUGAGAAUGUAGCCUUUGACUGGUAUUUCUUACUGAAUGUUUUUGUGUACUGACUUUAUGUGGGCUGUCCUUGAACAAGGGUUUCUUGUGAGCUAUGGUAUGGGCUCCUGUGUUGCACASAACUGCUUACUGGUGUUCACUUUCUGAAAAGUUGUGUUGUGUUAAUGAUUUUUUUUCUUAAAGAAAAGCUAAGGGUACUUUUUGGUCCCUUCGGAGGAAAAAAAGUUAUUUUGGUUUGAAGUCUUCAACUYGGUGCUCUCCUUAAGCAAUGGAAGGAGCUAGAAUAAAGCUUGUGCUGACAUAUGCUGUCCAUUUUUAUUAAUGACUCUUCCCCUUUCUGUAUGUCUGUGCCCACGUGCUGUGUCUUCAGCUCUACUCCAAUAGCUGCAUAUCUUGCAGUUACUAGUUCUGCUUUGACCCUAAACAAUCC